AUGGUUGCAGAAGAAGUCCUUACAGUCUCUGAGCUCUCAGUCAUGCAGUGUGGUGAAGCGCUCCUCCUGCUGCUCUCAGGUUAUGUGGUCGUUUGCCAGUUUCAGUCUGGUCAGUGCGACAGACAGUUCCACUUCGUCACGCAGUCAAAGACCUGGACCGAAGCUCAGCUUUACUGCAGAGAGAAGUACACCGAUCUCGCCACCUUCACCAGCAAAGACAAAACCAUGGCGGCCCAACAGCUGGUGGGGAGUCAAAAGUUCUGGAUCGGACUCUUCAGGGUCUGGAAGUGGUCUUAUACUGGAACAGGUAAAUCAACCUUCACAAACUGGGGCCCGGGCGAGCCUGGUGUGGAGAAGUGUGUGACAGUAUCUGCACUGGGAAUCUGGUCGACCAGAGACUGUUCAGAAGAGAAGCACUUCAUCUGUUACAGCGGUGAUGCUGGCCGUUACAUCCUGGUGCAGGACUCGAGGAGCUUUUAUGGCGCUCAGUCCUACUGCAGGGACAGGUACACAGAUCUGAGCACCAUCAACAGUGUGGUGAACAACACGGAGAUCAUGACUCUGCUGGCGUCAGACAUUUAUGAUGGUUAUUCAAUGAAUGGAAGUAGAUGGCUGAUUCCCUCUUUGUCACUUGCCUGGAUUGGUUUGAGCAACAGCUGGGAGUGGUGUGAUGGGAGCGACAUCCAGUUCCUGCCUCUGACUUUGCAAUCAGCAGAUGGGGACUGUAUGAUGGUGGACCAGUCAUCAUCAUCGUGGCUUUUCCAGCCAUGCAACAAUGCCCACCCCUUCCUCUGCUACCAGGAUGUCCAAACUCCAGUGUUGAAGCGCAGUGUGAAGGUUUGGCUGAGAGCGGGAUCUGCAGACCUGAACGACCCCGCAGUGCAAGAGUCCAUCCUGAAGCAGGUGAGGGAGAAGCUGGUGGAGCAAGGAGUCACUGAGGAGGUGAAGCUGAGGUGGAGGACGCAGCCCGAUGGGAAGGUUUUCCACAGAGAGGAGGAGACAGCCGGUUACUGUGAGGAGGAAGACUGUGGGUCGGUUUAG